AUGUGUGCCUCAUCCUUUUUUCUUAGCAUCGAGACGGUUCCAGUCCGGGACGGAUUGCUUUUGUCUCAACAGCGGUAUAUGAAGGAUAUUUUGAAGCGUGCGAGUAUGAUUGACUAUAAGUCUCUUCCUACGCCCGUCUCUUUGUCUCAGGUUUAUGAGAGUUCUAAGGUUCCCUAUGCUGAUUCCACGCAGUACCGCAGCCUAGCUGGGGCUCCUCAGUAUCUGACUAUGACACGGCCUGAUAUGUCCUAUGCGGUUAACAGGUUGUGUCAAUACAUGCAUGCGGCGACGACUCUACACUGGAGCAUGCUCAAGCGUGUUCUACGCUACCUGAAAGGUACUCUACACUUUGGUCUGUGUGUUUGUAAGUCUUCAUCUGCUGAGAUUCUUGCCCUUUCAGAUUCGGACUGGGCUGGUUAUUUGAAGGAUCGAAAAUCCACGAGUGAUUUUGCGGUUUUCUUGCGACAAAAUUUGGUGUCUUGGGUGUGUCGUAACCGGCACACGGUAGCUCGUUCCUCGACUGAAGCUGAGUACAAGGCACUGCUGAUGUGA